UCUGCGACUGCUCCUUCUCUCUUCGCGGUCUGAAUGGUCGACACACGAUUCUCUCGGCUAGCGACGCCGGUACGGGCCCGUAAUGGUAUCACACAAGUCUCACGACCACGGGCGAGCAGCGUACCUGCAGAGGGUAGUCACAAACCUGAAUGGAUGCUUGAUUGCGCUUUCAUGAGUCCACGGAAACGAAAGCACACGAAUACGCGUGAAGAGUCCCUACCAAGCCAGGCAUCACAAGCCCAGGGAGCGCGCAAUCCCCAGCCCCCCCAACAAGGAAGAGAAGUGAGGAAAGCACCCGGACGCGCCGCCCGGCCCCGCGCCCGAGGGCUGUCCUCCGCAGACAGGGAGAUCGUCGCGGCAGGCCUCGCCUCUUCUUCCAGGGCGAGUUCGCGCACGCGGAGCGCGAGUCGCGCCGCGUCCGUCGACGGCCGCCCGCGGCGCAGGUGCGCGUCGACCUCGCGUGCGCAGAGCGAGGCCCCCCCGGCGCGGUCGCCGUACGUCUUCGGCGGGCAAGGACGGCGCACGCCGGGUGCAAAGGCGCGGAGGUUGAAGGGGGCGGGAGGCUCGGGCAAGUCCGCGUCCGCGUCCGCAUUGCGAAGGGCGGACACGCCGCUGGUCGCUGCUUCGCGAAGGGCCAAGAGCAACGCGAGCUCGGGAGGAAGACAGGAAGAGAAGAGCAGGGCGCGGGCUCUGUUUGAAGACGAUAUGUCCUCGUUGACGUCGCUCGACGAAUCGUCUGUGAGCGGGAGGAGUAGUAACGCGAAACGCCGGAGGCUGUCUCCGCGACCUUUGGCAUCACUGGCUACAUCCAGUUCGGUGUGCGAUGACGAGGACGACAGCCAAAGAACGGCGGUCGAGGAAGACUUUGAGAUGCUCGAGAGUCCGGAGUGCCUGCCAUGGGUCCCGAUGAAUCCCGACUCGAAAGACUCCGAGUAUGUCCCUCCCGGGCUAAACGCACUCAUCGACGACAUGAAACGUGCUCUAGUGCUCCAGAUAUCCGCGCGGCAAAAGGCAGAGAACAUGCACGCCGCAGAGCUCCAGCGGCGCCUGCGGCUCGAACGCGAAGCCGCGCGGCUCGCCGCCGUAAAUCGUGCGUUGGAGGCGGAACGCUCCGCAAGAGCGGCGGACAGCCUGGCGAACACGCUCGAGAAUGCGCGCAUUUCGGACUUCUCGCAGCGACCCCCCGUCAUCAAUGCGCCCGCCGAGGGGAACCGGCAGGCCCCAGCUUCUGCUACCCAAUAGGUUAACGGACAUCGGGUCGGGCGGGCCGAGUGGGCGUACGGCGGACACGGAGAUGGCGGAGGUGGCGCGGGGAUGCGAUAUUGUUGUUCGGAGCGGGGGCCCGUCGAGGGGUAUGCUCAGGGUCUAGAGCUGUGUGCGAAGGGCCCCUGUGGCCGGGAGCACGCGGCCCGUUCAGACAUCGCAGGUUCCCAGCGUGAACUACCCCCGACCAACUCAUACUACCGUCCAAUGACGCUGACGCCACUUAAUCGCCCUUAGCUCCUCCUCUCGGCAUCGUCUGCGACACGACGUACAGGUUUCAGGCAACCCAUUGCCGUUCGAUGUCGUGCAGAGCCGCGCAGGAAGCCACAGACCGUGUCACGAUGGAGCGGAACUAGGGGUGCGGGGACCUACCGAUUGUAUUGACACGUGUGACGUACAUCCGCGACCCCUGGGCUGGACGCUUCCCCGCGCAC